AUGUCUCCUGACAUGCAGACAUGGCAGAAAAUUGAUCGGCUGCUGGAUGCCACACUGACCAAUGAAGUGAGUCAUAAGGCAUCAAUUGCUCAAGGAUCAUCGCUUAUGAGAGUUGCUGCAGCUGUUUUUUCAGGAGUCCCAUCUAUUAAAAUGAUGAGAGAUGCAUCUUUGGGAAGUUCAACAGUCUUGUUGCACCAUGCUCCCAUCUUUGGGCUUCAUCAUGUUGGUCUGAUUGCUGAAGAUUUAUCAAAGAAAUGGAUGAAUUGUGAUGUUGAGGAGGCGUGCCAGUCAUGUCCUCUGCUUGAUAUUGUUCAGGGAUGCCAUGGUAAGGAGAAUGAAGCUUCUGGACCUUCUCCAUGGUUUAAUGCUAAUGAAUCCAUCUGCCCUAAUAAGGAAAUUAGGGGGCUUACUAUGUUUCCCACAACAAGUGGUGUUGUUUCAUGUAUAGGAAUUCAAAAUAAAUUUUCUACAAGAUACAAGAGGUGCCCUUCCUACUUGUAUUCUUUGUUUAAGCGGUUAGAGAAAAUACCUGAUCUGGGGGGAGGAGAGAACAGAGAGGUCACUGCAGAUAGGGGCGGAGGUUCGCGACUUCGCGUUAUGGUGAUGGAAUGGGUUUUGUUUACUGUCGCCUCUCUGCCCACUGCUGGCUUUACGGUGGCUUUGCACUCUUCAAUCGUCACUACAGGUUACUGGAGGAGGAGUGAAUUGCAGACGGAGGGCGAGGUUCGCGUUAUGGUGGUGGAAAGGGUUUUGCUUGCUGUCGCGUUAUGGUGGUGA